UUGAUUCUUCAGUUAUUCAGAGAUGAAGAGAAAAGUUGCAAAAGUUGGGAGACUGAGGCUUAGCCCUAAUGAAGAAACCAUGCUUCUGAAAGAUGAAUAUGAAAGAAGAAGAAAACUGAGGCUGCAGCAAGUUAGAGAGCAACAGAAGUAUAUUGCCUUGGAGAUAAGACAGAAAGUAAAGCAGAGGAGAGAAGAACAACUGCAUCAGUUAGAGGAGGCACUGAGAGAUGAAUGGCAGAAAGCACAGGAUCAAAAAAUGAAAGCCUUGGAAAAAUUCUAUUUAUCAAGUUUGAGAGCAAUUGGUGUGGGCCACCAGCAAGCCAAGGAGAACGAACCUGACUUGGAAGCUCUGGCAAAGCAAGCAGAGGAAAGGAAACAGAAGGCAGAGAAGAGACAUAGGAAAGCCUUGAAAGAGCAGAAGCAUCAAAAAGAAAAAUUGCUUCACGAGCAAGCCCGACGAACAGAUGCUCGUAAACACGCUCUGGAAGUGGAAAGACAGAGAGCAGCCAAAGUUGCAAGCCUGCCACCUCCUCCACCGCACCCUCUUGAGAAUUUUGAAGUGAAAAAGAGUCCUGCAGUGAAGCCCAACUUUUCUGUGACACGUUAUCAUAUUUCUGACCCUUACGUGGACAGAGCAGUGGACGGAGAGCAGCCAGAUGCUCAGUUAGCUGCGGAAGAAGAAGGGAAACGUUCGGAGGAACUGCGCAGAGAGAUGGAGAGGGAGAGGAGAGAGCAGCUUGAAAAGGCACAUCUCAGAGGAAGUCAUGCCUUGAAGAAGGUCCAUUUGGCUCAGGACAGGGAAAAGCUACUGAAGGAACUUGAGCAAAUGCAGCGUAUGGAUCGGAUGCGCAGAAGACAGAUCGCAGCGCAGUGCCCGCCUCAGCUUUUUGUGCCUGCAUACAAACGCAUGGAAAGGAAAGAAGAAUGGCAGAGAGAGUUGGAGUUUGCAUUUGAAGAUAUGUGCAAUGAAGACAGGAAAAUGAAAGGAGACCUGAUUUUGCAGUUUGAGCCACAACCUUGGCCAGCCCCUUCUGACAGGUGUCAAGAUAAGGAUCUUGAUCUCUCUUUGGAGCAAGAAUCUGCUUGUGACACUCAGCCAGAAUCUGCUUGUGAUACUCAACAAGAAUUGGGGCAGAUUGUUGAAGAGGAGGUCCCCAGUGAAGCAGAAAGUCACAAAGAAGCAAAGUCUCACCAACCUCAGUCAAAACUUGCCUUAAGGAAAUUGCUGAACAAGAUUAGAAGCCAGAAAGAAGAGUGGGCAUCAAAAAGUGUGAAGGAGAGUCAAAGUGAAGUUGAGACAAUUGAGUCAGGCACAAUUGCUAGUGAAGGACCACUGUCUGGUUUAGAACCUAAUGAUGAGCCCCUGAAAAAUACAGUAUGUGAAGCCAAAGAGUCUGUGAAAGUCUUGGAAAAUACAGUUGCAGCUGAAAAUUCAAUUCUAAUCCAUCCUCAAGAACAAGCUGCUAAAAUUAGAAUGGAAAAGGAGAGACAAAAAUGGUACCAGCAAAUAGAGCAACAGAAACAGGAACAGCUGGCCUUGCUUAAACAAAUUGAAGAGGAGAAAGCACGUCUGGAGGCUGAUCUUCUGAAGAUCCAAAUGCAAACCUGCUUGGAAGCAGCUAAGAAAAAGAGGGAGGAGGAGGAGCCAGGUCAGCUAAUAGAAAGCCACAGUGUUCCUUCCACAGACCAGCAGAACGAAGUGGAACAUGAGGCUGGCAAUAUUGCUGGAUUAGAACCUGGGAGUCCUAGAGAAGACAGCCAUUUACAGGUGAUCCGUGAUUAUCAGCAGCGCCUUCUACAGCAAAACAGGGUGCACAAACAAACCAUUGAAGAAGCUAGAAGGCAUCUGCAGGAGUAUCAGAACAAAUUGAAGCAAAGAUAUGUGUCUCCAUCUGCAACACCUCUGAGCUCUGUGGAAACAAGAUCAGCUAGCUUAAAGCCUGCCUCAGAAGCACUUCUGCAGAGGCAAGGAGUGCAGCCAGUACACCACCAGUCAUCUGGACAAGUUCAUGCACAAGAGUAUGCCCGGUCACUGCCUCAGUUUUCAGGAACACUGCGCACGUUGGAGGAGCCAGCUUCAAAACAAGCAGAGCUAAUGCAUGCUCGUCCUGGCAGGCGUGUGCAGUUCGUAGAAGCACCAAAACUGAAGCAUGGAGAGUUUGGAUUGCCACGUGACUGUCCUUCCCAGGAACAAGUGGGAAUGUUGGAAACCUCAAACGAUCACAGCAGAGAACCAUCUCACUUCCAGUUACCAUCAGGCUUAGUUACAAAAGAUGUUGCUGCGGUGAGAACGCAACCGGAAGCACUCAUGCAGCACACUAGAUCGGCUUUGCCUGCAGAAGAUACUUCUGAGCCUUUGGAAACAGUGCACUUUAAAGAGUCAGCUCAGAAGAUGUCCAACAAUCAGACAGAGACAGAAGCUGGAGAAGAGCCUCCGCUUAAGACAUCCCUCAUGCCAGCAUCGAAAGGACCUCAUCUAGUUCAAGCAGCCUCAGUUGAUUCUUUGUUGUGUCAGCAGGCAUCUGCAGAGAGCACUGUCAAAACAAGCUUUGAACAAGCCCUCAAUCUUUCUGAACCCAUGACCUUAUCUUCUGAAGAAUCUGAAGUUCAGAGUGUUGAAGAAUUUUUGAUAUCAAAAAGGAGAGAUGCGUCUUUGUUAAAUUAUUCUGGUAUAGUGAAUUUAAGGGACAGAGUAUUGGCCUCAGCAGAAAGCAUCCAAGCUCAGCAAAACUAUUUGAAAGCGUUGCAAGAGCAGCUGGAUGCAAAAAGAGAAGCUCUUCUUUCUAGACAGAAAAUGCAAGAACUACUUCUUUUGCAGAAGCAAGACAAACUGAAGGAGCGGAUGCAAAGACAGCAAGAGGCUUUGAAAGAGUUUCUGAACAAGCAGGUGACACGUCUGAGUGCAAGUGAAGAAAUGGCAGAGGCACGAAAGCCUGACUGGAUUAACAGGACUGACUUUUCCCAAGUCUCAGGAAACCAGCAGCAAGACAAUUGUGGCAGGAGUAAAUUUCACAGAAGUGAAAUGAUUUCACAGUGCAUUGGUUCAGCUGAGCAGACUGAACAAUCUGAGAGAGGUCUAUGUAGAGAACAGAAAUGGAAAUCUUCCAAACCACCUGUGACAAAAGUCAAGUUAGGACUUGAUUUGGAACAGCAUGAACUUAGUGUUAUACCAGAAGUAGACACACCAAAGAGUUGCAACAUUUCUUUUGCAGAUAAAAGAGAUUAUGUUGGAAGAGAAUCUUCUCCUGUCACAACCACUGGGGAGUUUGCAUGUGUGAAACGUUACGGUCGUGCUCCUGCCGAAGAAGGCAGCUUACCAAGCCACCAAGAACAAAUCUGUAAUGGAAGUCCACAGCAGAGUAAUCAGUCAAGUAGAUUAUUACAAGAGGUGCUGCUGCUGACUGCUGAAAAUUCAUAUGAUUCAGGCCAGUCUGGGGAUUCUCAGGUGGCUCAAGAUUCACCAGUUCUCGCUGCAGGAGUUGGAGGGGGAGUUACAACCUAUUCUGGACCAUCAUUCAGGCUUGCUGAUACAGAAGUACUUUCUGAAGCAGCAUCCCUGAACUCGGGGUCAGAGCCUUUCAUGCGAGGAGCACCCUGUGACUUGUCUUCAACAAUUUCCACUGGAAGCUUUUUGGCUAGUGAAAUUUCAGAUGUAAGCCUUGUUGACACUGGAUUGUCUUCUGAUAGUAUAGAAGAUGGAAUUUUGAGAGAAGCAGCAAGCAGCCCUUGGACCUCCUGGCUGCCUUUUACCUUCCAGCCGAGGCGAGAGAAUUUGGCUGGAGCGUCUGAAACUCCGUUGUCUGAAGGAGAGAUGUCCCUUGAUGAAAGAAGUCGGAUACAGCAGAUCUUGGGGAAACAUCCUGGAGACCUGAACACUUGCUCAGAGAACAAUACAGGUUUCAAAGCUCUAACAGCUGAAGUUGAUUUUUCUGAAAUGGAGAGACAUUUGCCAAGCUUCCAUCAGCAGCUGUUUCAGCCUUUGGAACCAAGUCUUGACUCUGAUACUUCAUCAUCCUGUUCUCAGUACAGAGUUGCACAAACUUCAACAUUUUCAACAAGGAGUCAACACAUGCCUGCAACUCCAGCCAUGGGUGGUUGCACUCUGGAGGUCCAAAGAAGCAGUCUGCCUUUGAGCCUUUUAAAAACCAGGCCAAACAACGUUGCAUCAGGAGGAGAAACUGCUAAAGAAAACAUGGCUGCAGGAGCCGAAGAAUCUUUUCACCCACUGCAAUUAGAGACGACUCUGAGUGAUGACCAUCAGAGUAGUGAUCAGGAGCAUGAUGGUGUGUUACAGAGGUCUUUUGAACAAACCCCUGGAACUAAAAAAUGGGGCAAUGGGAACUGUGCUUCCUCUGCCAGAGAAUAUGAAGAACUCUCCAGCAAAAUGGAAUAUAUUGAUCUCCAGUGUUCGAUGGAAGAGCUGCGAAAUGAAAGUCUGAAUCCACUGGAAGAGCAAAAAUCAUUUUAUCAGCUAAAUACCACACCAGUUCCAGUGCAAGAAACUUUCUCUCAGCACUUACUAAAAGAGACAGUGUCCUCUGAAAAAUUACCUGUGGAGGCAUUUGAUAAGUAUGUGAAGCUUCCUGAAAAAUCAGUUCAUGGACAUGAAGCACAUAAAGCUGUAGAGCUGGAUUUGCAGUGCACUACAAAGGUGAAGGAGCCUGUCCAAAGCUUUUCAGAAGUACAGAAAUCUUGGCAAAUCCCCAGAGAAAUCCAUUUGGAAGCCUCAGACAUCCAUUCACAGGCUGCCAUGGAGCAGAAUGGUUCUCUCCUGGAAACCCAGCAUAAACAUUCUAAUUCUGUGCCCAGAAGCUCAUGUCACAUUCCAGUCUGGGAGACCGAGUCAGGGCAUGGUAUUAUGGAAGAACCUGAGCUCACUCUGAUGAGCUCAAAUGAUGUCAGUAUUGCAGAGUCAGACAUUGAACACACUAACCAAGAGAAAAAGAAGGAUAAAAUCAGUAACCCAGCACAUGUGGAUCAGUCUGAGCUUAAUAUUUUUACUAAGGAGCAAGAAUUUUCACCACUAGUUCCAGAUGCAGGUGACUCAGUGCUUGUAAGGCCUGACGGUUCUUCCACAGCCCAGAGUGCCAGUCCCUUCCCAACACAUCAGACUGCAGUGAUGCUGCUGGAGUUUGCAGCUACACCUGGAAGCCUGCAAGCAGCUUUUUUGGAAAGAAAGAAGAAUUUCAUCCAGAAAUCUCUGAAAAGAGUUGAAGGAAUUAAAAACAGAGAGAGAGAAAACCAGCCAGAAGCCAGGCAGUUUCAAAGAGGGAAGUCUGAGACAUCAAACAGGCCAAAGGAGGCUGUUCUUAUCCCUGGGGAAAAGGGUGCAGUUGCCAAUCAGUUGAAGAAAGUAGAAGUGGUGAAAGUGUCUUCUCCAGAGGGCAGGAAGUCUGGAGAAACUGAAAAGCACCAGCAUACCUCAAGAGUUUGUAAUCAACUUGCAGAAGUGAAAACCAGAAAGGAAGAGAAAACAAGACAGGAAACUUAUGCCAGAAACAGAGAAAAGGCUAAAGAGUUUCAGAAGCGUGUGGUAGAGUUGCAUGGACUGUAG